GACCUUUAUGUCCAUCUGAUCAAUCUCCUGCCAGAAGAAGACUAAUCGUUAGGCUAGUUGUUGCCAAUAGGGGGGGCUGCGCCGAAAUCAGGAAGUGACCUAUGUGGAUCGUUGAGUUGUGAACACGACGCCGUUUCUACACAGAGGGCUCCAUUGGAGCCUUUGCGUCAACCUUACCCACCAUGGCCCCACUUACCUCCACUUCCGGCUGCCCUGACUGCUCGAUCCUCCUGGGAAAAAUCCACGAGUUGGAGAAGCGCAUUACUACCAUGCACAGGGUCCGCGAGGCUGAACUCCUAAUGGACACCAUCACUUUCCGUCUCCCAUCUCCACAGUCCGAAUCUACCACACAUCAAGCCUCUCUCGCUGCCUCAACGGAUAGUCCACCUCUCCCGCUGCAUGAUGUCCUCCACGAUCGGCCGGAUGUUUCCCUCGCUGUCCCCCCGGCAGCUCUUAACGCCGCAGCCGUCUUGCCGGGGGAUAAACCCAAGUCCUUGGCGACCUCCACCCCAGCUAAACUGUCACCCAGGCCAAAAAGCUCUCGUCGCGUCUCUGUUGUGAACUUCACCCCUGCACCACGGCGCCAUCUUGCCUCUUUAACUUCUACCAUUCCAGCUGCGGAGUCGCCCCCACCCCAUGUGACCCCGCCACCCCAUGUGACACUGCCGCUGCCACCUGUCCAGGCUUCUUCGGCACCGCCCCGUCCCCUCUUCCCUCCAACCACCAUCAUCAUUGGGGACUCCAUCACGAGGAACAUUCGCUUCUUCAACGCCAUAACAUACUGUUUCCCCGGAGCCACUGUCCCCCUCAUCCACUCAAAGCUUGUUGACAUUGUUGAGCGAUCUCUCCCCCCAUCUGUCCGUAGAAUAAUUGUACACGUUGGCUGCGUUGAUGCCUUCCGCCGUCAGUCUGAAAUUACCAAAGUGCAGUUCAAUAAUCUUUUUCAGUUCCUUCGCAAAACUGGCAAGACUAUCUUCAUUAGUGGCCCUCUCUCACCUCACAACUGCGGGUAUGGUAUAUUCAGUCGUAUUCUCUCCCUCCACACCUGGCUCCAGUCUGCUACAAACUCCCUCUCUCUUAACUAUAUUGACAACUUCGAUCUUUUUUGGGGCCGGAAAUCCUUUUUUAAUCCUGACGGCCUCCAUCCUAGCAAGCUUGGCAGUCGGAUUUUAACAGUACACUUACAACACGCUGUUCACAGUGCGUGACUAUUUACAUUUGGUCAGACACGCCCCCCUUUUUCUU